AAUUGGUUAUGUAUCCAACGGAAGUCUCAUGACGUUGCGGAAGCCGGACGUGGCGCGUCUCCAAAUUCGCGAGCCAACCACGGGACCACAUGAUUCAGUCCAACGCUAGGGACCCACCGCACUUCGCUUCUUCCGGCCGGUGCCGCACACACAAAAAAAGAGGGCGGGAAAUCUGCCCCACCAUCGCAUCAAACGUCUUGGAUCACCUUUGAGGAAGGUUUGAGCCAGAGCCGAGGAGUGAAUUUUCCUCCUGCAACCCCGCUACAGCAAACGCCAACAUCGCCCACCAUGAACGGCGAAGACCCCCAAGAGCGGCCAGAGCAGAUCCGCAACAUAAUCAACGGACUCGAACGGUAUAACCCGCAGGCUGCCGAGAUUCUCGAGGGAUACCUCCAACAGCAAUGCGAGGAGAAGUUCUGCGACUGCAAUGCCAAUAGGGCGCUGCUCAAACUUUACCAGCUCAACCCCGACCGGAUCAAGGAUGAAGUCGUAACCAACAUCCUGGUCAAGGCCAUGACACAAUUCCCCUCGGCUCAGUUUAGCCUCGCUCUCCAUCUUCUCUCCCCAUCGCACUCCAACCCGGGGCCCAACUCCUCUUCAGAUCUCACCGAGGCCGUCUCCAAGCUACGGGAUUUAAACUUGCAGCUGGAAAGCGCCCAGUAUGCCCGCUUCUGGGCGACGAUGGACAGUGACGACAUCUACGCAGACUUGACUACGGACAUCGCAGGCUUUGAGGAGAUGAUCCGGGUGCGAAUCGCCCAGUUGGUCAGCCAGGCAUACCGGGAGGUGGAGGUCAGCGUGCUCGAAAGCUGGUUGGGGCUGGACAGCGAGGACGAGGUUAAGAAGUUUGCGAUCGAGACGUGCGGCUGGAGGAUUGGUGACAAUGGCAUGAUCCAGAUCCCCAGGAACCCGGAGAACGAGGCGAAGAAGACUGAGAUCAAGGAGGACGUCACAAUAGACAUGUUCAGCCGGGUCAUCAAGAGGGCAUGGGAGGAGAGCGCCUAG